AUGGUGGUCCGCGAGGGAGAUGGCGUCCGGAUCGCCCAUGAGAGACGGCUGACCACAUCGUCGUUGCGAAAUCGGAUGAGAAAGGGGGGUGAGAUCACGGGCUUUGAUCAGGUCACAAAGCCGUAUAUCCUCCGUGACGGAGCCGCGAAGGCUUACAACGAGAGCCCGGAUAUAAGUGAUUCCCUUCCAAACCUGAUGCUCCAGCACGCCAGCAUCGAUACAUUCGUCAAACACUAUCUGGAUCGAAACAUCACCACCGAUGUUCUCAGCAUCUACCGUGGCCUCGAGCCGCAGAAAGCGCUAAUGAGGAUGGUGUGCUCGAUGAGCCGGUCCAUCGACCCCCGCCGUCCAUGGGAGCUGACGCCGGAGCAGUCGAGAUCGGUGAACUACCUUUCCCACAUCCCCAAAGAUCUCUUGGAGGGUUGA